AUGUCCACAGCUAUGAAACAACUGCUCGCAACCCUGGCACUGCUUCUCCUUAUUCCUGCCGCAGCCACGGCCCAAGACUUCGAAUCGCUCUUUAACGGUACCGACCUCUCCGGCUGGGCGGGCAAGCCAGAGUUCUGGUCCGUGAAAGACGGAGCCAUCUUCGGUCAAACGACUGAGGAAAACCCGACCGAGGGUAACACCUUUCUAGUCUGGCAAGGUGGUGAAGUCGGCGACUUCGUGUUCAAAACAAAGGUCCGCUUCUCAGGUAACAACUCGGGAGUUCAAUACCGCAGCGAAUUAGUCGGCGAACCUGAAAACUUCGUCGUGAAAGGCUAUCAGGCAGAUCUGCAUCCGAGUCCCGAUUACUUCGGAAUGCUGUAUGCAGAGAAAUGGCGCGGGAUCGUUGCUCAACGUUUUCAGCGAGUCGUCGUCGGCGCCGAUGGUGAACCCAAGGUUGUUGGGGAGGUGGGCGAUAAGAAUCAGCAACUGGUCGAUAAAGAAUGGAACGAGCUAACCAUCACCGCGGUAGGCAACCGGCUUAUUCAUCAGGUCAAUGGCGUGACGACGAUGGACCUGACCGACAACCACCCGGAAGCAAAACAGAAAGGCAUUCUCGCGCUGCAGCUCCAUGCUGGAGACCCGAUGACCGUCGAGUUCAAAGAUAUCGAACUGCGACAUCUCGAGGGCAAAGAUGCAGAAGCCACACUUGACGCAGUGACGGAAAAAGCCGGCAACAAAGCCACGCCCGUCGAUCGCAUCAAAGCCGCCAAAGGAUUCAAAGUCGAACUGCUUUACUCGGUGCCCGGCGAUGAGCAGGGCUCCUGGGUCAAUCUCUGUACCGACAACAAGGGCCGACUGCUCGUCAGUGACCAGUUCGGUGGAAUGUAUCGCAUUACGCCGCCCCCGGUCGGAGAGGUUUUGGAUGCGAGCGAUAUUCAACCGGUGCCCGCCGACAUUCGCGCAGUGAACGGAAUGGUUUGGGCCUUCGAUGCCUUGUAUGUGGGCGUCAAUGAUUACGAGAAGAAAAUUCCCUCCGGACUGUACCGCCUCACCGACAGCGACGGAGAUGAUCAGCUCGACAAGGUCGAAUUGUUGAGGGAAAUGGACGCGCGCGGGGACCACGGAGUUCACGCAGUUGUGCCGAGCCCCGAUGGCAAGUCGUUGUUCCUGAUCACGGGCAACAAUGCCAGGCUGACCGAGCUGGCCGAGACAUCUCAAGUCCCUCAGGUGUGGGGCGAAGAUCAUCUGCUGCCGAGUUUCCCCGACGGGCGAGGCCACAACCGUGGGGUGCUAGCCCCGGGUGGAAUCAUCUACCGCGUCGAUCCGGAAGGCAAAAACUUCGAAGCCUACGCCAAUGGGUUUCGCAAUGUUUUCGAUGCGGCUUUUAAUCACGAUGGCGAACUAUUCACGUUCGACGCUGAUAUGGAGUACGACUUCAAUACUCCCUGGUAUCGACCAACUCGAAUCUGUCACGUCACCAGUGGAGCUGAAUUCGGCUGGCGGAACGGAGCCGGGAAGCGGCCGACGUUCUAUGCCGACAAUGUGCCCGGCAUCCUCGACAUCGGCCCGGGCUCGCCGACCGGUGCGACCUUUGGCUACGGUGCAAAGUUCCCGGCCAAGUAUCAGAACGCGUUUUACGCGCUCGACUGGAGCUGGGGCAAACUCUACGCGAUUCAUCUAGAGCCAGAUGGUUCGACCUACAAGGGAACCAAAGAAGAAUUCGUCACAGGCGCACCCUUGCCCAUCACCGACGCCAUCAUCCAUCCGGACGAUGGUGCCAUGUACUUCACGAUCGGUGGACGCCGAGUGCAGUCAGGUCUCUAUCGCGUGACCUACGUCGGCGAUGAAUCGACGGCGCCGGUUGAAGCGGUUGUCAACGAGAGCGAAGCCCGAGCAACACGCCACGCGUUAGAAGCGUUUCACGGUCACCAAGACCCGGCCGCCAUCGAAGCCGCCUGGCCGUACUUGGCAGAUCCCGACCGCUUCAUCCGCUGGGCGGCACGCAUAGCAAUCGAACAUCAGCCCGUGGAGACCUGGGCCGACAAAGCAUUGACCGAAUCCAAUCCCGAGAUUCAGGUCGAAGCGUUGCUGGCUCUGGCCAGGGUUACCGGUGUCUGCCCGUUGCACCGCGCCGAGGCCACCCCGCCGGUUGAUACAGAGAUGCGCGACAAACUGUUGGCUGCCAUCCUCGCCAUCGACUUACCCAGUUUGGACUUGCGAAGCCAGCUCACGCUGCAACGUACGCUGCAGAUCGUUCUCACCCGCUUCGGACGACCGGACGAUGCAACCAUCCAGAGUCUGAUUACGGCGCUCGAUCCGCUCUUCCCGUCUGAUUCGGCCGAAUUGAAUUGGCUGCUCUGCGAGACACUCGCUUGGGCGCAGUCGCCCACCGUCGCCGAUAAGGCACUAGCACUGAUUGAGUCCGCCCCAACUCAAGAAGAGCAGGUGCAGUACGCCCGGUCGAUCCGCAUGCUGACAUCCGGCUGGACGGACGAACUGCACAUGGCGUACUUCGAUUGGUUCCUCAAGGCCGCGAACUACCGCGGCGGGGCGAGCUUCGAUAAGUUUAUUGAGUUCAUCCGAGACGAUGCGGUUGCAUCGCUUAGCGAAUCUCAGAAGGAGUCGCUCAAAGAGGUCCUUGCCAAGAAACCGGAGAAGAAGUCGGCGUUGGAAAAUCUCGGCGCGAUCUUUGCUGAUCGAGAAGAAACCCAAUGGACGCUCGAUGAGCUGUCGCAGGCAGCGAGCGAUAGCUUGAAAGACCGAGAUUUUGAGAAUGGCCGCAAGAUGUUCGCCGCGUCGGGCUGCUAUGCCUGCCAUCGCUUCGGCAAUCAAGGCGGGAUGACCGGACCGGAUUUGACCUCCGCCGGCCGUCGCUAUUCGCCUCACGAUCUACUCGAUCAGGUGAUCAACCCCAGCAAAGUCAUCAACGACCAGUUUUCGGCCGUGUCGGUCAUCACCGACGAAGGUCUCGCUCACACCGGCGUGGUGGUCAACUUGAAUGGCGACGAGAUCACCUUGAACACCGACCUCACAGACCCCAACGAACGGGUGAGCAUCAAUCGCAAUUCGAUCGAGGAGCUGAUCGUUUCGAAAACCUCGCCGAUGCCUGAGGGACUGUUCAACCGCAUGACCAAGGACGAAAUCCUCGACCUGAUUGCCUACCUCAUCAGUGCCGGCGAAUGCGAUUUGCUGCCUUACCGCCUGAGCGCUAAAAUGGGGCCCACGGUGGUCAGCUGCUGCAAAGCCGUGGCUCAAUUGAGCCCAGGAAGACAGCGUCUGGCAGGCAAUGCCGAAAGUCGCUCGGGCUUGUGCCUGGUCGAAAGUUUGGAAGCGAGGCUCGUUCUCACCAGUAGCCCGGUCGAGUUACUCGAGCUUUCUGGCCCGAGCCUCACCGAGCACAUGGCGAUUGUCGCAGGCGAUCAGGAGUAUGUGUCGAACGAGCUUGUGGUCUCGUUUCGUUCCACCGAGGCCGUGACAAGCAUCGACGACAUUCUCGGCGUCGCGGAUCGGCCCGCAUUCUACGACGAGUUCUCGUUUAGCUCGAUCGAACAUCUCUUCUCACUGAACCAGGGAGAUUCCGGCGAGCUUUCGCUCUGGCACUUCUCUUGGACAAGCGAUCAAGACGCCGUCGAUUACCUCGAUGAAUUCGGAAGCCUCACCUCCGCCGAAUGGGCCGCGCCGAACUUCGUCUACGAGUCGGAAAUGGACUUCACGCCCGACGAUCCCGACGUCGGGAAUCAGUAUCACCACACCAUCAUGCAGAACUAUGCUGCGUGGGAUACGACCACAGGCAGUCCUAACAUCGUCGUGGCCGUGACCGAUAGCGGGUUCGACUGGGACCACCCCGACCUCGAUGACAACAUCUGGAGCAACACCGACGAGAUCGCAGGCAACGGGAUCGACGACGACAACAACGGCUAUAUCGACGACAUCCGUGGCUGGGAUUUCGUAAACAACGACAACAAUCCUGACGAGUCGUCCUCGUCGAGCCACGGAACCCAUGUAGCGGGCAUCAUCGGUGCCGAAAUCGACAAUGCCACCGGCGUUGCUGGAACGGCGGGUAAUGUCACCAUCAUGCCGCUACGCAUUGGCAGCGGGCCCACCUCGACUCGCUACGCCGGCGCGUUCACCUACGCCGCCGAUAACGGGGCCCAUAUCGCUAACACCAGUUUCAGUGUCGACAGUCGGGUUGGCGAUCCUGUCUAUCGAGCGGCCUUGCGCUACAUGUACGACACCGGAGUCUUGCACUUCAACUCGGCCGGUAACGAUGACGCGUUAAACCCGCUGCGGCAGAAUAUGCACGAAUCGCUUUUCGUCGCGAGCACAAACUCCGUGGAUGGAAGAAGCGGUUUCACCAAUUAUGGCAUCGGCAUCGACGUCUCCGCGCCCGGCUCGUCUGUUCUUUCGACCGUGCCGGAUGGCAACUAUGGAAAGAAGAGUGGAACCAGCAUGGCAGCCCCCAACGCUGCCGGUGUUGCCGCCCUGAUCUGGUCGGCCAACCCGACGUGGACGCGCGAUCAAGUUGCCGCUCAGCUUCUGGGCACCGCCGACAACAUCGAUGCGAUGAACCCCGGGUACGAAGGGCUCUUGGGUAGUGGGCGCGUCAAUUCGAAUCGGGCAUUGAACGAGGCACUGGCUCCCCCCGAAAUCGAAACAGUUGCCGAGCUUCCUGCGUCGGGCGGUGUGCUGACAGAAUCGAUCAGCACGCUUACGGUCGAGCUUGCCAACAUCUUCGACAAAACCUCGAUCGAAAACAUCAGCAACUGGGAAUUGCGCAGUGACGGGGCCGACAACAUCUUCGGCAAUGCCGACGAUUACAUCAUUCCCCUGACGCUACUCACCGAAUAUCUCAUCGGCACCAACGACCUCGAGUUCUCGCUUGGCGGCCCGCUCGCUCAGGAACACUAUCAAUUCCGGGCCUUUUCCGGUGGAUUGACCGACCCAUUCGGUACGGCACUCGAUGGCAACAGCGACGGUACUGCCGGCGACGACUUCGUUGUUGAGUUCACCGUAGCGGCCCCCGAUACCACGUGGGACCUGCAGGAGCCAUUUGGCAGCCUGGUCAGUUCGUUCGCGGCCAACGACUAUGUGCUCGCUGUGCCCACCGGCACUGAAUUCACGUCGUACCUCACCGGCGGCCAAACGCUAACGUUCCAGGCGACCCCGGCAUCUGGCUCGGCCACGCUCGCCGUAACUGUCGAGAACAGCGGAGGAGUGCUGGCCACCGCGACGGCCAGCGUGGCAGGCGGUUCGGUGUCGAUGCAGGACAUCGUCCUCCCUUCCACCGACGACUACACGAUUCGCGUAACUUCCGACUUAGAUACCGAUUUCGACCUCGAGGUGUUCCGCAACGCCACUGUCGAACUGGUCGAUUCGGCCGACGGCAGCGAACUGGCCAUCGACGGGUCCGGGCUCGAACUCGGUUCGGUACGCUUUGCGGCGGUUGGAACAACCGAGUCCGGUUCCGACGUCGACGAGUACACAGUGAACCUCGAAGCAGGUCCGGUUGACGUGAUCGUCGCGGGCAUCGACGGUACCGAUCUUUCCUCGGCCACAAUCGAGUUGAUCGGGACCGAUGGAACCUCGGUUCUCAUUGCAGCUAGCGAUCAGCCGCUUGGCGUGUCGGCUGAGAACUACGAUCAGGCGAUCCUCGGUUAUUCAAUUUCCUCCCCCGGCCAGUACACAAUCCGGAUCAGCUCUUCAGACACAGGUCGCUACGGGCUCGUCGUAACCGAAGGCAUCUCCUUCGACAGCGAGCCGAACGACACCAGCGAUCCGAUCCGCCAGCUCGACGACGCACUCUCAGCGAUGGGAUUCCUCAACGUAGUUCCGAUCGACGGCAACUAUGUCUUCAACAUCGAUAUGACGGAAAGCAGCUUGUCGCUCUCGGGUGACGUUUCAGGCGAGCCUCUGUUGGCACAGGCGCCCGGGAGCCUUAGCUCAGCGAUUAUCGGAACCGUCAGAGCCGGGCUGACGUCGUCGACCAUCUCCUUCAUCGGUGGUAGCAAUAUCGACGUGACGGAGACACCCGGACUAUUCAUGCCUGGCAAUGCACCGGCCGAUUUCGCCGCCCAGUUGCUCUUCAUUUCUGCGGCGGUACGCGACGUGGCGGCCGAUGUCACGAGCGGGCAGAAGGCGAUUUCAAGCAGCGGAGAAUUCUCGGUCGCGGGAAUGAACCUCGAGUUGACCAACGGAACGUUCGCCUACGAAGUGUCGGGUUUGAUUAACGACACGCUUUCGAUCGCGGGCUUCGGUGCUGUGAAUGAAAGCACAGACCCGGGCCUGAUCGAGGUGCUUCCCGGCCUGUUGCGUCUGACGGUACCCAUCGAGGCCACUGUCAUGCUCGAAGAGCCCACGCUGGGGCUCUUGGUGAAUGCCACGCUGACCGGAGUGGCUGUGGGAACCGUAUCGCUGCCAACCUCCCAAGACGCUUCUGACUUUUACACUUUGGAUCUUGUCGAGGGUCAAACCGUUACCAUCACCACCGAUACCCCGUUCGACACGGCGUCGGGCAGCAUUCUUGCGAACCUUGACCCGACACUGGCGAUUUACAAUCCGCUGGGUGGGCUCGUCGAUACCGACGACAAUUCGGCAACUGACGGACGAAACGCUUCGAUCACAUUCACCGCCACCAGCACCGGCACCUAUCGGAUCGACGUCGGAGCGGUCUCCGGAGCGGGCACCUAUGUGCUCGAUGUCGACGUUGCCCCGGCGGUGAACAUCUCGGGUCCAACCUCCGGCGUUCGGGGAGAGCUUCUUAGCUUCACGUUCACCGCUGCCGACGCAGGGCCCGCCGACGUUCCAAUAAUGUAUUCGAUCGAUUGGGACGGCGACGGCACCGUCGACGAGACGGCUAUUUCCAACAGCAGCAUUACCCGCCAGCACGCCUUCGCUACCGACGGGCCCGUUACCGUGAAGGCCACAGCCACUGAUAUCGAUGGACUGACCGGCGGCGAAAGCACACAUUCGUUCACGAUCGACGUCUGGCAACUUCGUGCCGACGACGACAACCCCAGCCUAACGAACCUCGUCUGGGGUGGGACCGCUGGCGACGACCACGUCGAAUUCGAACAAGUCGACCCGACAACCGUUCUCGUUCGCGUGCCCAUGCUCGACGGCGUAGCAACGAACGACACCGAAUCGAUCUCCGGCGUAACCGGCAAGGUCAUCGCCCUGGGUGGUCUUGGCAAUGAUCUGCUCGACGGACGACUCCUCAUAGGAACUGCCGUCCAAUUCAUCGGCGGCGACGGAAACGACACCCUGCACGGAACCGAGGGCAACGACGAACUCUUUGGCGAUAACGUCGGCGGAGGCUCCUCCGACAACGAUGAGAUCUUCGGCUACGGCGGCGAGGACAUGAUCCAAGGCGACGGCGCUGAAGGGGCCAGCGACCUCAUCUUCGGCGGCGACGGCAACGACACCAUCUACGCAGACGGUGCCGAAGGAGGUCUCGACGCCAAUGACACAAUCCUCGGAGGUGAAGGCGACGACCUCAUCUAUGCCGACGGAUCCGAAGGGGGUAGCGACCUCCUCAUCGGCGCCGCUGGGAACGACACCCUCUACGGUGGUUCGGGGGCCGAUCUUCUGAUUGGGGGCACAGGCAGCGACUCGCUCGUCGGCGAUACCGGCCAAGAUUUGCUCAUCGCCGGCGAUACCGAUCUCGAGUUCACCGAACUCCAAGGCAUCCACAGCGAAUGGUCUUCAGGCAAUUCCUUCACCGAUCGAGUAGAUAACGUCCUGGGCAACACAUCGGGUGGGCUGAACGGAACAACAUUCCUCAUCCCCGGCGACACCGUCCUCGAGGAUGACGCCGUCGACAGCGUCCUCGGCGGCAUCGACGAAGAUCUGCUCCUCUACGACUUCAGCGAAGAUCUCUCCGACCACCAAGUCGGCGAAGACCUCUCAGUCGACAUCGGCCCCUAG